UCGCCUUCUCUCCAGCUGUUUGUCUGUGACUUCACAUCGUCACACUUACCUCCACUGUCCCACUCGCUCUGUUUGAAGUCAUGGCGGGGUCUGACCGUCCUCUCCCGCCGUGUCUCCCCCCGGCGAGGAGAGAGGAGGUGCGGGCUGCUUUCAUCACCGCAGACCCCGGCGGAGCGGGACGUCGUGCUGCGCCGCAGUCAUCCAGCCGGAGAUGAGAUUAAAGUUUCUGGGGGUUGAUGGCAAUCGCGUCCCCCGGAAACAAGCUGGUACCCAUUAAAGAUCAUUUCAAAGGUGCAGUGAUAAUUCCAACAGUUCCUGUGUCCAUAAUCCCUCCGGCCUGCAGAUGUAGAUCACUGAUCAAAGGCUGAAAACAGCUGCAUCACACAUCAGAGAAACGAGUUCCAGCACAGAGCUGAAGAUAAGAUGAAGAGGCUGAUUAUUCAAAUUCUUUGCAUCACUGAAGUCCUGCUCUGUGCUGCUGACUCUCCACAGCUGAGCGAGGACACGCUGAAAAAGCUGUCGGCAGCAGGAGAGCAGUAUGUGGAUGAGGAGAUAAAGCGGGCGUUGCUCGGGGUGAAGCGGGUGAAGGAGAUGAUGGAGAAGAAAGAGGAGAAGCACAGACAUCUCAUAGACACCCUGAGACACAGCAGUGACAAGAAAAAGGGGGUGAUGCAGCUGGCCCGGGAAACCGAGCAGAAACUGGAGGAGGCCGAGCAGCAGUGUCAAGAUUUAACCAGAUCUUCCUUUGAGGAAUGCCGACCCUGUCUCGAAGAUACUUGUAAGGCCUACUUUACCUCUACGUGUCGCCGUGGCUUCGCCUCUUUCACAUUCAAGGUGGAGGAGUUUUUUAGGAAAAUGGCAGCCCAGCUGGACGCCACAGAGCAGGUUUACAGUCAGGACGAGGAGGACGCGACGCGCACCGUCUCACCUGAGGUCACAGAGGGCGAAGCAGCAGACCUGGAGCUGCUGCAGGCGGACGUGUCAUUUGGCCAGCUGCUGUCCAACAUCAGCUGGCUGCACAACCACAGCGUCACCGUGUUCAAGAAGAUGCAGCAGGUGUAUGGGCCGUCCUUCCUGGUGGCCUUCAGCGCAGAGCCCCAACCGAGCCCGCUGUCGGCCGUGCAGGGCAGCUCGAGUGCCGGCUUCUUCUGGACGGUGGGUCUGGAUCACAUCGUCGAUUCUGUGUAUGACUUCGGGAGGAACGCGCUGCAAGAGUUCAGCUCCUCUGUGGCGGAUGUGUUUGAGGAGGUGCAAGAGGCCGAGGAGGAGUAUUUCCAGCAAGCGAGCAGAGGCGCAGGCUCGCUCUCUGCUCUGGAACAAUACCAGAACAGACAUCUGUGCAGGCGACUCCGCAGACAAGCGUCGGAGUGCUGGAAGCUGCAAAGUUUGUGCAAGACGUGCGAAGAUUAUCUGUUGAAAGAGUGUCCCAGAGUCCAGAAGCUCCACUCUGAGGUGGAGGAGAUGCACAUGCUGCUCAACGCCUCCCGUCAGCAGUACGACGACAGGCUGCAGCUGCUUCACAGACACACAGCCGACACAUGGAGAUGGCUCAGCAGCAUGAACGACAAGUAUGGCUGGGUCAGCCAGCUGUCCAGCAGCACCGUGGGCCCGCACACCAUCUUCAGUGUGAUCACAGUGAAUCUACAUCAGCAGAUGAAGAACAUCAGACCUAAAGCUGACAGCAUCGUGACUGUAACCUUACUGGACUCUGCCCCAAUAACUGUCUCAGUCCCAGCAGAGCUGGACGUUGAUGAUCCCGCUUUCAUCCAGUACGCAGCUCAGGAGGCUCUGUCUCUCCAUAAACGGCAGAUAAGAGGGACGGAAUAAUGUGAACACCAGCAUUCAAAUAGUAUUGUCGGAUGCUGAAUCACGAGUGUUGUACCAUUUUUUUCUUGAACAUUCAAGCUGACCUUUGUAAAACUUGAAAUCCAUAUAGACCUCUAAACCUUUACAUGUACAUGUGAUAUUCUUUUAUUCAUGUAUGUUUAUUCUAAGGGUUUAAAAUAUCUCUGCAAUGAACUGUAUACACUAAACUAGUUUGUGUUAAGGUCAUCCUACAAAUCCAUGUGAGGACUCCCUGAACCCUAUUUUGGAUGUAACAUUUGCACAUUUUGUGAAGAUGAUUUUGAACCAUUAGAGCACCUUUUUGCAGCAUUUCUUCAGUUUGGGAACAACCUGUAUGUACAAAACAACCUUGAUUUUAAAAUAAUAUAAGCAAUAUAAUAUUGUUUUUUCUUCUUCUUGUGCAUGACAAAAAAGUUAAACUUGUUAUGCUUAUAACAUUUUACUGUAUUUACAUUGAAGCAUUUUCAAAUGGCUUCGUCACUGAAUCAAAGUUCAACGUUGUGCUUAUUGUUUUAUUUUGCAGUAUUUGUUCCAUAUUUCUAAUUUAUUAAAUUAAUAAAAGUGAUCUAAUUGUA